UUCUCUGAGUUAAAACAAACAAAUGUAGUCUAUCAUAAUAUAUAUACAGAAAAUGAAUAUUCUAUUAAACAAAGAGUAUAUCGAGCAUUUUCUAUUGAACAAGACUAUAUAAAAGAAGAAAUUGCUAAAAUAGAAAAAGAAGAAAUAAUUCAAAA